UGGAGCGCGUAAUGUUACUUACGCGCGGGGCGGCCUGUGUAGAGGAAGAAGAAGAAGAACUGAAGAAGCAGCCACCAGUCGUGAGCCGAUCGAUCAGCUGUACACAACGCGAGAGAGGCUACCGCUGCCGCUACAAAAAUAAUGAAGAUUUUCCGGCGAAUUAGUUUGUUACCGUUGUUGAUCGUCGUCUUGAUCGGUGGCUGCGGUUGCAGCAAGCGCGUAAACAAGUACGAUAAAAAAUGCCAACUGCCGGACGAGCUCGCGGAGGAGAUCGAGUCGUACGCCCCCGUGGUGAGACUCAUCGUGAACGAGGCCGUGAACGGUAGCUUUCGCGGUGUCGUCUGGCGCGAACUCGCCGAUUUCGUGGACAAGUUCGGCUCGAGGCUCGCCGGUACCCAGAAUCUCGAGGCUGCCAUCGAUCACGUGCUCGCGAGGUCCAAGGAAAAGAAGCUGGACAACGUUCACGGCGAGGUGGUCAAGGUUCCUCAUUGGAUCAGAGGCCAGGAGUCGGCCAGGCUCUGGGAGCCGAGAAAGAAGGAUCUGGCGAUGCUCGGAUUGGGCUACAGUGUUGGUACACCGCCCGAGGGUAUAUACGCCAAAGCCAUCGUCGUGAAAAGUUUCGCCGAAUUGCAAAAAAGAGCCAAUGAGGUUCCUGGGCGCAUCGUGGUGUACAAUCAGAAAUUCGUAUCCUACGGCAAGACCGUCCAAUACCGAUCUCGUGGGGCCAGCGAGGCGGCGAAACUCGGCGCCGUGGCGGUCCUCAUCCGAUCCGUCACCCCCGUGUCCAUCUACUCGCCCCACACCGGCAUGAUGGACUACGAGGAGGGCUGGAAGAAGAUCCCGGCGGCCUGCAUCACGGUGGAGGACGCGGCGAUGCUGCAGCGCAUGGCCGAUCGCGGCGACGAGUUGGAGAUCUCGCUGCAGAUGGAGGCCAAGCUGUAUCCCGAUCUCGAGUCGAGGAACGUCGUGGCCGAGGUGCUGGGCAGCGACGAGCCCGAGAAGGCUGUGGUGGUUUCCGGACACGUGGACAGCUGGGACGUGGGCCAGGGUGCCAUGGACGACGGCGGCGGAGCUUUCAUCUCGUGGGGCGCUGCUGUUCUGUUGAAGAGUCUUGGAUUGAAACCGAGACGCACCGUUAGAUCGAUCAUGUGGACGGCCGAGGAGUUCGGCAUGAUCGGCGCGUCGCAGUACGUCCAGGCGCACAAGGCCAACGAGAGCAAUCUGCAGCUCGUGAUGGAGUCCGACAUCGGUACCUUCAAUCCGUUGGGUCUCGAGGUCACCGGCACCUCCACCGUCAAGUGCAUCCUGGAAAAGAUCCUCGGCCUCGUGCCGGGCAUGGGCCCGCUGGACAUCCGCACGCCCCAGGCCGGCCCCGACAUCGAGGAGUGGGUCAACUCGGGCGUGCCCGGCGCCUCGCUCUGGAACCAGAACGAUCGCUACUUCUGGUAUCAUCACACCCAGGCCGACACCAUGUCGCUGGAGAAUCCCCAGGCGCUGGACCGGGGCACGGCGCUGUUCGCCGCUGUGGCCUACGUCGUGGCGGAUCUCAGCCUCGAUCUGCCGAGGCACGCGCCCAUCAAGAACGGCAAGGGAAAUUAUCUCAAGAAUUAUUGACGAUCGUAUUUUUUUUUUUUUUUUUUGAAAACAAUCGAUUAGCUUUAUUCUCGUCAUCGUAAAAUAAAUAUGAAUUCUAUUACAGAGAGACACGUUUAAAAUUGUAUAUAGAUAUAUAAUAAUCUUUGAUGUUUUUUCUUGUCCAUUUAGAAGUUGUGAAUUAUUGCUUUUUUUAUAAAAUUUUUCGGUUGGACUCGUCACAGUGAGUCCUCACAAUA